GUUCUUUGGGUUUUAUUGAAUAUGUAUUGGAUUAAACUGCAUUUUAGGGUUGUCAAUUGGAUUGCUUGUUGAAAAUUGUAAGUUAGUCCAAUUAUUUAUUGAAAAUUGAUAUCCAGUUUAUGUGAAUUUUUGAAGUAUUUGAGGGUAGCAAAAGAUCCGACCUUAGCUCAGUUGGUAGAGCGGAGGACUGUAGUUGAUCAGCAGAUUAAUCCUUAGGUUGCUGGUUCGAUUCCGGCUUUCGGAAUUAAUACUUGUGUUUAGGAUUAUUAGCUGGCUAUAUAAACCUUAAUUUUAGCGUAGUCGGAUUUGGGUAUUGCUAAAAAACAUGAGCAGUUGAGCAGACCUUGGUUCUGUUAUAAUGAUAUCAAUGAUAUUAAGUCAACCUUUUGCUCGUUUAGUCGUCUUUACUGCUGCAAAAUUUAAUAUCCUUCUCUUUUUGCAAGUUGGUAUUGUUUAUAGAUUACAGAAACAAUAAUUAGGGACAUGACAUCAACUUAUCUGCUGGAAUUAUCAACUUCUUAAUAUAGAAUAUAGAUUAAUGUUACCAGAUUGACGAAGACAUAAUAAUCUUUGAAAAGUCCAAGUCUUUGUCUGAUGAAUAGAAAAGCAGGUUACUCCUAUUAAUGAUUGAGAUACAGCAAGUAUCAAUCUCGUGAGUUUGUUUUAUACUUGUAACUUAGGGUUCACUUCAACUUAAUUUCAGUUCAGUUCAGCUCCUAAUUUCCUUAUCUCAUAAAAUAUUUAUUUCAGCUCAGUUCAGUCGAGCUAAGUUUAGUCUUAUGUUUGCGUUGCUGUGCUUAGAUUUUUUUCAGCAGCAUGUUACAAUGUUAGAACGAUUGCCCUCUCAUUCAGCUUGAGUGAAUACAAAUGGCUAACAGCUAAGCGUGUUGCAAAUGCUGGUUGUGUGGCUUGUUGUAGCUUUUAGUGAAGUCAUUGUCCCAUAUCCCAUGGUGGUUAUAGCGAUUUCUGCAUUUGAAGGUCAUGGGGUAUGUAGUAAAGGGAUAAUUUGUGAAAUUGGAUUUUUUUUCGGAAUGAUGGUAAAUAAUCAGUCCUUGUUAAAGCCAUUUUUAGAAUUAUAACUUUGGACACCUUCAGCAGCUUAGUUUUGACCCUUUUUUUUUCCUUUCUUAUUUAAUGCAAUACAUCACCUUUUCAACAGUUAUGUCCAUCUGCUAAAUUUGACAAGGGACAUGAGAAGCUGCCUGCUAAAUGAUCUGUGGCCCCUUUUCACAACUUUUUAUUUUUUAUUUUAUUUUGGUGUGUGAUUGUGGCCAACAUUUCUUGAUCAAUGUUGAAUUUUGUGGCUGAAAUAGUAGGUCAGUGUUAAUUAACUAUGGAAAAGCAAAUUAGCAAAAGUUAAUGUAUAGUAUAAUAUAUGGGAAUUUUCUAAGAAGAAAAGUCUUUUUUCCUGGGAUAACUUUGACUAUGUAAAUUGAUUAAAUCUUGUUGCUUCUUUUUUUCCCCCACAGUGGACAAUAUGCUAAAUUUACACAACUCCCUGUAUUAUUCAUAUGUAGUUGACAUGUCAUAGGGUCUUCUAUGUGACUUAAGUUUAUUAUAGAUUAUGUGGAUUGUAAAAAGACUUGAAAGUCAAAGAAGCAUGGCCUUGAUAGACAGUUUAAAGAUGCAUAGCCUGCCAUUAAAAUAUCCAGUCCACUUGAUUAUAGAGUAUGAGAUAGCUUAAGAUCAGUCUUAUUGUACUGCAUAUCAGAAAGGCUGAGAAAUAUUCCUAAAAAAAAUGUUAUGCCUGUUGUUGCUCCUGCUUCAGCUAGAAUCAUUCCUAUGGCUAGCUGCAGGCGGUAAUAUUUCUAUGCCUAAUUGUCCAGAUCACUGUGGUAAUGUCAAGAUUCCAUACCCUUUUGGAAUUGGGCCCAAUUGCUACCAUGACAAAUGGUACGAGAUAAUUUGUAAUAGUAAUAAUAAUUCUGUUCUUUCUCCAAAACCGUUUUUGCGCCAUUUCAAUCUUGAGGUGCUGGACAUUAAUUGGCCUGGAAGGUACUCCCCUCUAGGUAGACAAGUGAAUGAUCAGGAAGCAGAUGAUCAAAGACUUAUAGUAAAUCUCCUCCCUAAAAACUUUUGUGGAAGUAGCACAGCAGUAUUUCACGGAUUCGCUACUUCAGUAGUCAAAGGCGUCGACUUCAAUGGGAGUCCAUUCCGUUAUUCUAGGUGGUUCAAUGUUUUUAUGGUGGAGGGUUGUGGCGGAAGUGUUGUUUUGCAAAAAAGGGGUGGAGAAAUUAUGACUGGCUGUGCUUCAGUUUGUUCGAAUGAAGGUGUAAGCAUGAACAAAAGUAAUUGUUAUGGAGUUGGAUGUUGCCAAGCCUCUCUCUUGUCAUCUCCAACGGGUGACUACCUGAACAGGGAGGAGGGCUUAGAUUUUUAUCAGAUAGCUCUUGAUUACACGGGAUUUUCUAAUUUCAGCACCUGCAAUGUGUCAGCAGCCUUGAUUGAAAGUUACUCGGUGAAGAAGUUGUCUGGGAAACUAUCAAAUCUAAAAGCAUUCCCUGCGGUUUUAGAAUGGACUCCUAAAUACAUUAUGAUACCUCGAAAAAAGCCGUAUAUGAAUUAUGACAAUUUCAGUUGUAAUUAUGACAAUAAUAAUGCUGUAAGUUGUACAUGCGGUUUUCCCUAUGAGGGAAAUCCCUUUCUGCCGGACGGAUGUCAAGUUGUAACAGCAUGUCACAAGUGCAGGGAUCGUUGUGAUAUGGCCUUUUCUGAUGACAAAGGUUACUACACUAAUUAUUACUGUAAAAAAAAUCAUAAGUUAGAGCUGGCUUCCAUUCUUGCGUUUAGCAUAGGCUUGGGAUUAGUGCUUUUGGUCCUAGGUUGCUACUGGCUCUAUAAAUUCGUAAAGAAGAGAAAAGAGAUGAAACUUAAAGCUAAAUACUUCAAGAUUAAUGGUGGUUUGCUAUUGCAACAGCAAAUGUCUUCCACUGAUGGUGUUGUUGAGAACACUAAAAUUUUUGCUGCAACUGAGCUGGAGAAAGCCACUGACGGUUUCAGUGAAAGCAGAAUACUUGGCCAAGGAGGCCAAGGUACGGUCUAUAAAGGUAUGUUACUGGAUGGAAGAAUUGUGGCCAUAAAGAAAUCUAAAAAGGUAGAUGAGAGCCAAUUGGAACAGUUUAUUAAUGAAGUGGUUAUCCUUUCUCAAAUCAAUCACCGGAAUGUGGUAAAAUUGAUAGGCUGCUGUUUGGAGACUGAGGUUCCUUUGCUUGUCUAUGAGUUCGUCUACAAUGGAACGCUAUAUCAGCAUUUACAUAAUGAUACUGAAGAUUUUCAUGUCUCUUGGAAAAUGCGCUUGCAAAUUGCAGCAGAAUCAGCUGGUGCUCUAGCAUACCUGCAUUCAUCUUCAUCUGCUCCUAUUUAUCACAGAGACAUCAAAUCAUCCAAUAUACUUUUGGAUGAAAAAUUCAGAGCAAAGGUUUCAGAUUUUGGGACUUCAAGAGCUAUUACCAUUGAGCAAACUCAUGUGACUACCUGUGUUCUAGGCACAUAUGGUUAUUUGGACCCAGAGUACUUUCAAUCAAAUCAGUUUACUGAGAAAAGUGAUGUAUACAGCUUUGGUGUAGUCCUGGUUGAGCUUAUCACUGGUAAGAAACCAAUUUGCCCAACCAAAGAGGGAGGAUGGAUUAGCUUGGCUGUUGAAUUUCUUUCCUAUAUGGAAAGUUCUAGUCUAUCUGAUAUUCUGGACGCUCGAGUUGUAGAUGAGGGUAAGGAAGAGGAGUUUGUGGUUGUUGCUAACCUUGCAAGACAGUGCCUAGAAAUGAAAGGGAAGCAACGACCUACUAUGAAAGAAAUUGCAGUUUUACUAGAUGGUAUCAGGUCACACCACCCCCCUAAUUUCAGGGAACCAAUUCCACCAGGAAGCAAGCAUGUGGUUACAGAAAUGGUUAGCACACAUAGCGGUCCUUUCAGUGUAGAAAUGCUCUCUUCAGAUGACGGUCCUUCCAAUUCCAUGGAAGUCCAACCACUUAUGGUCAACAAAAACCUCUUCAAAAAAUAUAGAAUGGUAUGCAUGUUGUUGUUCCUGCUUCUGCUAGAAUCAUUCCUAUGGCUAGCUGCAGGCGGUAAUAUGCCUAGUAUUUCAUUGCCUAACUGUCCAGAUCACUGUGGUAAUGUCCGAAUUCCACACCCUUUUGGAAUUGGGCCUAAUUGCUGCCGUGACAAAGGGUACGAGAUCAUUUGUAAUGGAUCUGCUCAUUCUCCAAAACUGUUCUUGCGUCAAUACAAUGUCGAGGUGCUGGAAAUUAAUUGGCCUGGAAUGUACUCUCGUGUAGACAAAAGAUGGGAUGGCCUGGUAGCAGACAGACAAAGACUAAAAAUUAAUGUUCCCCUUAGAAGCUUUUGUGGAACUAACACAGCUGAGGUACAUGCAAACGCUACUUCAGUAGUUAAAAGCAUUGACUUCCACGGGAGUCCAUACCGUUUUUCUAGGUGGUUGAAUGUGUUUAUGGUGGAGGGUUGUGGCAGAAGUGUUGUUUUGCAGAAAAGGAGCGGAGAAAAUUUGACUGGUUGUGCUGCACUUUGUGCCAACGAAGGUGCAAGCAUGAACACAAGUAAUUGUUAUGGAGUUGGAUGUUGCCAAGCCUCACUCUUGUCAUCAGGUAACUUCGUUGAUAAGGGGAAGGGCUUAGAUUUUUAUCAGAUGAUUCUUGAUCAGACUGGACUAUCUAAUUUCAGCACCUGCAAUGUGUCAGCAGCCUUGAUCGAGACUGGCUCGGUGAAGAAGUUGUCCGGAAAACUAUUAAAUUUGAAAGAAUUUCCUGCAGUUUUAGAAUGGAAAUUUAGUGACAUAUUUCAACAAGAACAGUGGGUGGGGACAAAAGACAAUGUCACUUGUUAUUUUGAUGAAUUUAAUGGUGUACUGUGUCAUUGUAAUUUUCCUUAUGAAGGAAAUGCCUAUCGCCCCUUAGGUUGCCAAGUUGUGAAAGAAUGUCGUAAGUGCAGAAGUCGUUGUACUUUGGGCUAUACAAAUCUCCCAGGUCCUUACGCCUAUUUUUCCUGUGAAAAAAAUGAAACGUUGAAGCUAGCUUUGAUUCUUGCAUUCAGCAUAGGCGUGGGAUUAGUUCUUUUGGUCUUAGGUUGCUACUGGCUUUAUAAAUUCAUUAAGAAGAAAAAAGAGAUGAAACAGAAAGCUAAAUACUUCAAGAUAAAUGGUGGUUUGUUACUACAACAACAAUUGUCUUCCGAAGAUGGUGUUGUUGAGAACACUAAAAUUUUUGCUAUAACUGAGCUGGAGAAAGCCACUGACGGUUUCAAUGAAAACAGAAUACUUGGCCAAGGAGGUCAAGGUACGGUCUACAAAGGUAUGUUACUAGAUGGAAGAAUUGUGGCCGUAAAGAAAUCUAAAAAGGUAGAUGAGAGCCAAUUGGAACAAUUUAUUAAUGAAGUGGUUAUCCUUUCUCAAAUCAAUCACCGAAAUGUGGUCAAAUUGAUAGGCUGCUGUUUGGAGACUGAGGUCCCUUUGCUUGUCUAUGAGUUCAUCCAUAAUGGAACGCUAUAUCAGCAUUUACAUAAUGCUACCGAAGAUUUUCAUGUCUCUUGGAAAAUGCGCUUGCAAAUUGCAGCAGAAUCAGCAGGUGCUCUAGCAUACCUGCAUUCAUCUUCAUCUGCUCCUAUUUAUCACAGAGACAUCAAAUCAUCCAAUAUACUUUUGGAUGAAAAAUUCAGAGCAAAGGUUUCAGAUUUUGGGACUUCAAGAGCUAUUACCAUUGAGCAAACUCAUGUGACUACCUGUGUUCUAGGCACAUAUGGUUAUUUGGACCCAGAGUACUUUCAAUCAAAUCAGUUUACUGAGAAAAGCGAUGUAUACAGCUUUGGUGUAGUCCUGGUUGAGCUUAUCACUGGCAAGAAACCAAUCUGCCCAACCAAAGAGGGAGGAUGGAUUAGCUUGGCUGUUGAAUUUCUUUCCCACAUGGAAAGUUCUAGUCUCUCCGAAAUUCUGGAUGCUCGAGUUGUAGAUGAGUGUAAGGAAGAGGAGUUUGUGGCUGUUGCUAACCUAGCAAGACAAUGCCUAGAAAUGAAAGGGAAGCAACGGCCUACUAUGAAAGAAAUUUCAGUUUUACUAGAUGGUAUCAGGUCGCACCACCCCCUUCAUUUCAAAGGACCAAUUCCGCCAGAAAGCAAGUAUGUGGUUACAGAAAUGGUUAGCACCCAUAGCGGUCCUUUCAGUAUAGACAUGCUCUCUUCAGAUGAUGGUCCCUCUACUUCCAUGGAAGUCCAACCACUUAUUGUCAACAUCUGACAGUUUUACGGUACUUUCUGGAGACUUUUUCUGUAGUAAUUAUACAAAAUUGUAGCUUAUUACAUCUGUGUGUUAAACUGGAAGUUUGUUAGAUACUGUGUUUACCUUCUUGUAUUAGGAGCUGCCUUCUCGACCACUUGUCUAAUUGUAUAAUAAUUGUGCUGCUUCAGAAGCAAAUAUUUGGCUUUAUCCCUUUUGUUGGAAGGAAGCUUAAUUGUAAUCAUGGUUAUUUGAAUUUCUUAUAGAAAACAUUUUUAGUUCA